AUGGGUCUGCAAAGGAUUUUAAAUGGAGUGAUUCGUUUCCGAAAAACGGUUCGAGCGGAUCUCGUAAAGCAAUUCGAAAAAGUUCGAGACGAUCCUCAUCCGACCGCUCUAUUCAUCACAUGUAUGGACUCUAGAAUUUUACCGGCCAGAUUUACACAAUCGCAAGUUGGCGACAUGUUUGUGCUUCGAAACUCCGGAAAUAUUGUGCCACACGCGCAAAACUAUGGAUCCGCGGGAUACGAAGUCUCAAUUACCACCGAGCCAGCAGCGUUGGAGCUAGCGGUAAAGCGAGGAAAAAUUAAACAUGUUAUCGUUUGUGGGCAUUCCGAUUGUAAAGCUAUUAACACGUUAUAUGGACUGCACAAAUGUCCGAAAGCUUUUGACCCAGAAUCGCCGAUGGAUCAUUGGUUACGACGACAUGGAUAUUCAUCUCUUCGAAAACUUGAACUGAGAUUAUCUAACCCGGAUGAAAAACCACUGGAAUAUAUCUCGAACAAUGCGUUAUUCAGUUUUUCUGCUCUGAUUGACCCGGAGAAUGCGUUAUCUGUGGAGGAUAAACUAUCACAAAUCAAUACUUUACAACAAUUAGAAAACAUAAGCAGCCAUGGAUUUCUUAAGGAAUUUCUUGAGCGAAAAGAGAUCAAUCUCCAUGCAAUGUGGUUUGAUAUUUACACAGGCGACAUGCAAAUGUUUAGUAAGCGAAGUCGAAGAUUUGUUACGAUUGAUGAGGAUUCGGUGGAUCGAUUGACAAAUGAAAUAAACCAA